AUGGCAUGGGAGAGUGAAGCCAGUGAUGCCGUGCCCGAAGUGUACGAGGACAGUACAGUGACCUCUGGCCCUCCAACCCAACGAGCUCAGAAAGAGGAGAAGACAGAAGCUCUGGAUUUGCUUGAAAUCUCAAAAGCAGUUCGACGAGCUCCAGGAGUCGUGAGCACUGCACCUUUUCAGAAGUUCUCGGAAGAGGCCACCGUUGACGACGAUUCCAAGGGGCUUCCCCGGAAAGUUUCUGAUGCUGAUGACAUUUUGUGCAAGUUCUGGGGAGCCCAUGGACCUCAGCAGGUAAAGCUCAACCUCCACAAUGCCUAUCGAGACGUGCACUUUUGGAAGCUCAGUGAUGGUGCGGACUUUGAAAAGGAAGCACGCGCCGCUGAGAUGAGAGCGAGACCGCACUACGAGGUUGCAACGUUGGAAAUUGACUCCGAAGUGCCCGCUGCGCGGAGAUAUUUGGAUCGGUUCACCUGGUCCAACCCAGACCACAUCUGGGAGGAGUUCGAGGCUCCUUUCCUGGACAUGGGAACCUGCUUCCUCAAUCGACCUCCCAGAAGAUUCAAGCUGGAGGUUUACAACCGUGGCUUGGUGCUGGCGCGACUACAAAUGGAGCUUCUGGGCACAGGGCCGUUGAGAGCCCCAUGGCAUGACUGUAUGCUUGGCCCUGGGCAGAGGGUUACAGUUCCCAUUGACAUCAAAGCUUCGGAGCCUGGAGAGUGGCAUGGGUAUAUCCGCAUCAGAGGCGCAUGGGUGAACGUCUUUGGUGUGAACGAGGAAGAAGCUCGAAUACCCACGCAUCUCAAGGUGGAACGAGCCGAUUGCGGGCCAUGCGGGCCGCCACAGCUUCCAGUGCAUGCCAGCAGCGCGAAGCCUGAAAGUGCACGCCCGGUGUCGUCCAGGAACGGCAGCACAGCGGUGCCUAGCUCAAGGCCCUUGAGUGCUUUGGGACCACCUUCUUCGCGAUGCUUGGCCGCGAAAAGAGUUUGGGGGGAUCAAUGUGACGGUCAAUUUGGAAUGAUAUGGAUUUAA